GACAACAGACUCACUACAGUAAAAAAAAGAAGAGAAAAGAAGUCUGGCGAGUAGGUACAUGUACAGGGAAACACUGACUGUGACUGUAUCACGAGCAGGAGAAUUGAGGAAGACGUGGAAUGGCUUUCUUGCGCUCGACUCGCAACACACUGUCGCAGCUGCUGGCUGUUCAUGGUGCCGGCGGAUCGUCCGCAGUGCGUCUGGCUGUAUGCCAUGUAACUAGCAAAACCGACGGUGGAAAGGCACCUCGCAAGUCAAAGGCCGGAGCGAAAUCAGCCUCGACCAAGACAUUGCGGGGCGCAGUUGAUCCGAUGGACGCACUGCAGCAGUCGAUCGCGCCCAACACGACUUACUCUGUGAACUACGAAUGCCCCGAGUAUCACGGAUACGACGAGUACUCGUACUACGACAUAGAGAAUGCACUGCUACAGCACCGCCUUUCCCAGCCAAGCUGUGACGGGUGGCAUUUGCAGGCUGCCAAGGCAUGAGCCAUUCACUGCCUGGGCACAUGCCAUAGGCCAUGGCUCUGUAGAUCCAGAAGUUUCUUUAGCCGAUUUUUUUAUCUCAUAUAUCUCACGCUUCCUCACCGAAUGAAGUUCUACUAUCGAUGGUGUCUCAGUGUACUUGUGAAGCUGAUUGUCCUUUUCCAAACCAGCAUGUGCAUUAGGUACUGUACAGUAUGGGCUAGAUCAGUGGACUAUUUUUUUUAAACUUCUAAGUUAACUAGGGUGCGUGUGUGUGUAUACAUGUCACAUUAUCUAAUCUAUUCGAUAUAAAAACUGUAGUACGAUGUAUUUGUGUCAGGAUUUAUGCAUUAUAUGGAAGCGAUGAUUGCGCCAGCGCAUACCGUGGCAUUAUAUUGAACUCCAUGGCGAGGCACUGUAGCGCUUUGUUAUUUAUUCUUUUAUUCUUUUUUUUCGACCGAACAUCUGGCCAUAGAGAAAUGAUCAUGAAUCAUCACAAUGUUGU